CUGACAACCACACUGACAACCACGAGGUGUGCUCCAAGGUAUAUGUAUGCUCGUUCAUUCAUUCGGUGUACUACGAUCAUGACCGUGGUGGUGACCGUAGCCUGAACACCGAGUACAGAGUAUCACGGCAUCGCGCCAACCCAGGCAUGGCGGAUGUCCGCGCGAAAGUACUACAAUACGAGACGUUCCUCAACGAAGUACUGAAGGAGGAUCUUAGGAGAUGUCUCGAAGAGCGCGAGAAAGUGUGCUCCAAGCUCUCAGAGUUGCUGCAGCUGAGGACAAUCAUCGAGAGGAUUCAGGAAGUCCAGAAGAACGAAGAGACAUUUCGGACACAGGUGGACCUUGGUUGCAACUUCUAUGUGCAGGCAGUCGUGCCAGACCCUUCCAAGGUGUGCGUACAAGUCGGUCUGGGCUUCUUCGUAGAACUGACGCACGAGGAGGCACUCUGGUUCGUCGGCCGACGGGAAGUCGUGCUUGAGCAGGACCUGAAGCGACUUUCUGAGGACUCAGCCAACAUCAAGGCACACAUCCAGAUGACUCUGCAGUGCCUAAGGGAGCUCCAAGGCCUGCCGGUGGAAACUGAUCCCCCAAAGCGGAGGGAUGUUUUCUGAAGGCUCUUCUGCCACUGUACAUACUGUAAGAAAUACUUUUGAUAAUAAAUGCCCGCCAACAAAGGGUUGGCAAAUGCCUGGCGCUCA